AUGCUGCACAUCAGGAAGCUGUCAGGAGACGAGGUGGCAAGCAUACCUGUGGAGGAUGUGAGCGACGUGCGAGCCUUGAAGCGGCGUUUGCAUGUGCAGCAUUGCUUCGUCCCACGGUUCCAGCAGCGCCUCCUCCACGACUGCUCUUUCCUCGACGACUUCACCAGUUUGGACGCCGCCAUGGAUAUUGAGCUGGUGCUGCUUACCUACUGCGAUGUUUCUGAAGUGUGCGUCAACGAGCUCAAGUCCGCUGCUCUUAAGGGCUCUGUGGCCAAGGUCGAGGCUAUGCUACAGCUUCCGCAGGACCCGAACAAAGCCGACCUGCAAGGCCGUACAGCUCUGAUGGCCGCAUCUCGCAAUGGUCGUCUCGCCGUCUUGCAGUUGUUGCUCGAAGCCGGUGCCGGCAAGGACACGGCAGACAACGUCAACGGCGCGACGGCUUUGAUGUAUGCAUCUUUGAAAGGCCACGUGGAAGUUGCCCGCCUAUUGCUCGAAGCCGGUGCCCGCAAAGAUAUUGUAGACAUCCACGGCUCGACAGCUCUGGUCUUGGCAGCCCGCCACGGCCACGCGGCCAUCGUGCGUCUGCUGCUGGAGGCGGGCGAUGUCGUCGAUGGUAAGGAUGUGGCAAACAGGCACGGCCGCACACCUUUGAUGGCCGCUUGCUUCCAUGGCCACGUGGAGGUCGCCCGCUUCCUGCUCGAGGCCGGCGCCGGAAAGGACGUCGCAGACAAGCUCGCCGUCACAGCUCUGCAUGCUGCCUCCAUCAAAGGCCAUGUUGAAGUCGUCCACCUCCUCGUAAAAGCCGGUGCUGGCAUGAACAUGACAGACAACCACAAGGGCGCCACGCCUCUGAUGCUGGCAUCUUCGAAAGGCCAUGCCGCUGUCGUGCGCCUCCUGGUAGGAGCCGGCGCCCGGAAGGACAUCGUGGACAAGAAUGGCUCGACGGCUCUGAUGUUGGCCUCUGCCGCUGGCCAUCUCGAGAUCGCGCGCUUUCUCGAAGACGGCACCGGCCGGAACACGAUUUAA